AUGCCUGCAUUUGCGCCUUUGCCACCUUCCAGAGUUCAGGAAGCACUUCUUUUCUCAAGAGUUGGACUUGACUAUUUUGGUCCACUGUCGAUUAAAACAAAAGACGGACCCAAGAGAGUAUUGGUGUGCCUUUUUACGUGUCUCCUUAUCAGAGCUAUUCAUUUGGAGCUUGUACAAGAAAUGUCUACGGAGGAAUUCUUACUAGGAUUCAAACGAUUUAUAUCUCAAAGAGGAACACCUGCAGAAAUUAUUAGCGAUAAUGCCUCUCAAUUCAAGGCAGCAAGUCAAACAAUAAAUAGUAUAUGGCGAAAUGUGUGCCAAAGUCAUGAAGUGCAAUCUUACGUAGCCAAUACUAGAAUCAAAUGGAAAUUUAUUGUGGAAUUAGCUCCGUGGAUGGGAGGAGCAUACGAAAGAUUAGUUGGAAUCGUAAAACGAUCUCUUCGUAAAUCUCUAGGACAUAAAUUCCUGACCUUAGUACAAAUGCAAACAUUGUUGAAAGAAGUAGAGGCAACAGUGAGAUCAAGGCCGCUUGUAUAUGUCACCGACGACAUUAACUCGAAUAUUACACUUACACCUAACCAUUUUUUGAGCCUUAACCCUAACUUGGGCAUUCCAGAAAUGGAGACAAAAAAAACAAAGACAGUGAUUAUUCACCUAGUGAGUGCACAAGUGAUAAAUUACUAG